UUGUUGUUGCCUCUUUUUGAAUUUCUUUUUGCAAACGGUUGUUUGCCCUAGUGUUGUUGUUAUUUGGGAUGUUUUUACAAGUUUUAAGCAAAAAAAUGUAAUCAUUCGUUAAAUUUGUCAAAGAGUGCUGCUGCUGUUUUUUUUUUCUUGUGCUUGUGUUUGCGCGCUGCAGUUGUUUGAAAUUUCAAAGAAAUUACACAAAAAUUCAUAAGGAAAAGAAUAAGCAGCUAAAUUGAAAAUUUUUGUUUAAAAGGAGUUAAAAGUUGUAUUUUUAAUAACUUUUUGUGUGUGUGGAGAAAAGCAAUAACUUUUAAAUUAUUAUUUUUUUUGUUAAAUUAAUUCACGUGUUGAUUUUGUUAUAUUCGUUCGGUUCCUUCUUUUUUUUGAAAUAUUUUUUGUUGAACAAUUUCAAGUUUUUUUUUUUUUGAUCACUGUGUGAUAGAUACAUAUCAACUUGGAAAAACAUAAAUUUUUUUGUUGUAAAUAAAUAAAAAAAUUGUCUAUAUAUUUUGCAUCUGCCGAAGCAUAAAGGUACUAAGGAAUUGCUAAAAAUGGCCGCAAAACUGGAUGAUAAAUCUUCCGAUAUACCGGAGCGUCUGUAUGAUUCUACAAAUAAUAGAACCUUUAAACGUAUGCGUUUCUUUGGAAAGGGUGGCUUUGCAAAAUGCUAUGAAAUCAUUGAUGUGGUGACAAAUGAUGUGUAUGCCGGUAAAAUUGUCUCCAAGAAGCUGAUGAUGAAACACAAUCAAAAAGAGAAAAUGACUCAAGAAAUCACUAUACAUCGUAGUCUUAAUCAUGCAAAUAUUGUAAAAUUUCAUGGUUUCUUUGAGGAUAGUGCCAAUAUUUAUAUAGUUUUGGAAUUGUGCAAGAAAAGGUCUAUGAUGGAAUUACAUAAACGUAGAAAAACUAUAACAGAAUACGAGUGUCGUUAUUAUAUUUAUCAAAUAAUACAGGGUGUUAAGUAUUUACAUGAUAAUCGUAUAAUACAUCGUGAUUUAAAAUUGGGUAAUCUAUUCCUUAAUGAUAUGUUGCAUGUGAAAAUAGGAGAUUUUGGUUUAGCCACACGCAUCGAAUAUGAGGGUGAACGUAAGAAAACUUUGUGCGGUACACCUAACUAUAUUGCACCCGAGAUCUUAACUAAAAAGGGUCAUUCGUAUGAGGUGGAUAUAUGGUCUAUUGGUUGUGUUAUGUACACAUUACUAGUGGGUCAACCCCCAUUUGAAACUAAGACCUUAAAGGAUACUUAUUCGAAAAUUAAGAAAUGUGAUUAUCGUGUCCCUAGUUAUUUGCGUAAAUCUGCUGCCGAUAUGGUUAUUGCCAUGUUACAAUCAAAUCCUGAAAAUCGUCCUACCAUAGGAGAUCUUUUACACUUUGAAUUCUUAAGCAGCUCACCAGUGCCUACAUUCUUGCCCAGCUCUUGUCUAACAAUGGCACCACGUCUCGAACUCAAUGAGACCAUAGAUCAUGAGGCUGCUCAUCGUAAACCAUUGAGUGAGUUGAAUGGCCUUAAAGAUGAUACACGUCUAGAGUCGACAUUCCUUAAGAAUAAUCUACAUGAUGCCAUAACGGCUUCGGCUCAGGCUUGCCGGCAUAAUGAAGACUAUCGCAGUGAUAUACAAAGUUUACAGCAACAGAUUACAAAUCUAUUGAAUGCUAAGCCCCGCUUAUUGCAAGGCAAUUUGGGUGAUGAAAAUACUGAUCCUGCUGCUCAGCCGCUGUUUUGGAUUUCCAAAUGGGUGGACUAUAGUGAUAAAUAUGGUUUUGGCUAUCAGCUGUGUGAUGAGGGUAUUGGUGUUAUGUUUAAUGAUACCACUAAACUUAUACUAUUGCCAAAUCAAAUCAAUGUCCAUUUCAUCGAUAAAGAUGGCAAGGAAUCCUAUAUGACUACCACCGAUUACUCAAAAGCCUUGGAUAAGAAAAUGAAAUUACUUUCGUAUUUCAAACGUUAUAUGACUGAACAUUUAGUUAAGGCUGGUGCCAAUAAUGUCAACUUUGAGUCUGAUCAAAUCUCACGUAUGCCACAUUUACAUUCCUGGUUUAGAACCACUUGUGCUGUAGUCAUGCAUUUAACCAAUGGCACUGUACAGCUUAAUUUCUCGGAUCAUAUGAAAAUCAUUUUAUGUCCACGCAUGAGUGCCAUAACAUAUAUGGAUCAUGAAAAGAAUUUCCGUACUUAUCGUUUUUCCACUAUUAUACAGCAUGGCUGUUCCAAGGAUUUAUAUCAGAAGAUACGUUAUGCUCAUGAAAAACUUAGUAAAAUGCUGGAGAAAAUGUUCUUUUAAGUGAAAUAAUUGUUUAUCUCUCUCACUUGCUGUCACUUUUCUCUCCCUCACUCUCUAUCUAUCUCUUGCUCUACUGCUCCUUAUGUCCCGCCUGUUAUGUCUUUUAUGUUUUACCUUUUUCUUUAAAAUUAUUUUCUUUUAAGUUUUAUCCAUAAUUGUUAAACAUAAGAAAUUAAUUAUUUUAACUUCCAUCAAAAAGUGAAGUAAAUUUUUUAACUCUCUUUAUACGCUUUCUUCUCCUAGUGUCUUGUUAAAUUUUAUUUAAAAAGUUUAUUUUAUUUAUUUUCAUUCAUAUUUUUCUUUGUUUAUUCGCUUCAUGUUUGUGUUUUUUUAUAAGAAAAAACAUUAAUUCAUAGAAGAUUUUCAUGUUAAAA